AUGGCCUCCGGUCCAGCGACUCAGUCCCUCAAGUGUGUGGUGACCGGUGAUGGUGCAGUUGGCAAAACAUGUCUUCUGAUCUCUUAUACAACAAAUGCCUUCCCCGGAGAAUACAUUCCUACUGUCUUCGACAAUUACACGGCUAGUGUGAUGGUGGACGGUCGGCCCAUCAGCUUGGGACUGUGGGAUACCGCCGGACAAGAAGAUUACGACCGCCUCAGACCGCUCUCCUAUCCUCAAACCGAUGUAUUCCUGAUUUGCUUCUCCAUCGUCAGCCCACCAUCCUUCGAUAACGUCAAAGCGAAGUGGUUCCCUGAAAUCGAACAUCACGCCCCCAAUGUCCCCAUCAUCCUUGUUGGAACCAAGCUCGACUUGAGAGAUGAUCGCGCCACCACGGAAGCCCUUCGCGCGCGCAAGAUGGAGACCGUCUCCUACGAACAAGCCUUGGCUGUAGCCAAGGAGAUUCGCGCACAUAAGUACCUGGAGUGUUCGGCUCUGACACAACGCAACUUGAAGAGCGUUUUUGACGAAGCCAUUCGGGCUGUUCUCAAUCCUCGUCCCGCUACGAAAUCCGGGAGGAAGGGAGUCAACAAAUGCAUGAUCUUGUAG